AAAUGCACAUGAAAUAAAAUUUACUCUAUUCUUUUUCUAGUUUACAAUUAUUAAGCUUACUAUUUUCGUUUCAAACAACUUUCUUUUGUAGAUUUUAAUUUUCAGCUGAAAAGCCUAAAACAGGAUUAACAUUGCUCGUUUAUUUUUAAACCUCUUUUUUAAGUUACAUCUUUUGCAUUUUCCCAAGCCUGCAACAGAGUUCAGAGCUCAUAUAUUUUAUCACAAUUGCAAUGCUUUGCCUUUUGUUUGAUCACAAAGCUGACAGAAAAAAGCACUCUUAAAUAUUGCGAAACGUAAAUUUCCAGCAACUAAUCCCCGUGAGUCAAGUCUCGAAAUCCCAGCAUGAAUGGCAAAGCGCGCGGCCAUUCAUCAAAGUAAAUAAAAAAAUUAAAUUACUUUUUCUCCAUUCAACCCUUUCGUUACGUCAAAGUGAAAAUUUUCUCCCCACCGUCGGCCGCCCCCGGGAGAAAUCGGGCGAAAACCGCCCCAACGUCACAAAUACGUCGGUCAACCACCCCCCGGCGGUGCUCUCGUGAAUGAGCGCGCGAAUUCAUGAAUGAAGCAGGGAUGGUGACGCCCCGUGCCGGCGCCUCGCGAGGGCACGCGCCCUGCCACCCUCAGUCUCCGCCCCCGAGGAUGUUAUCAGCGAGCACCAGGUGGGCCAAAGGGCGAGUUUCCGCCGACGACGCUCUCUUAUCUCCGCGUCCACACUCCAGACGCUGCCAUGAUCGCUGCUCUGCUUUGCGGGUUGCUGUUGGCGUCGGGCGGGCUGGCCGAGCUCGAGUUGAACCCCAUCCUGUCUGAAAUGGCGCAAAUCGACAUGGCCCACACCCUCGGCUGCCACCGACGGCUCUACAGUUACAAGGUCAUGCAGUCCGACCCUGCUGGACGCACUUGCUGGGACGUGGUCAACGUCAUGUCCUGCUGGGGCCGCUGCGAUUCCAACGAGAUUUCAGACUGGCGGUUUCCCUACAAACGUUCCUUCCACCCAGUUUGCAUGCACGACGAACGCAAGCCGAUGGCCGUCGAGUUGAAAAACUGCGACCCCGGCGCCCAGCAGGGGACGGAGAGGUACAUCUAUUACGAGGCGGUGUCUUGUCGCUGCGCCGUCUGCAAGUCCAGCGAGGCCAGCUGCGAGGGCCUUCGCUACAGAGGACAACGCUCAGGAAGAAACUGAUCUUGAAUUUGAGGAAAUUGAAUAUUGUGAAAAUUGUAAAAUAAAAAUAUGUAGCUAGUGAAAACAAAUUAUUAAAUAGUUUUUAAGUUACAUGUGUGGCCAAUUCAAUAAAACAGCAAAGCAUUUGCUAAA